AAAAUCCGUAAAACUUUUUAACCCAAUCGAUAUCUCCUCCUUUGAGCUAAAAUCCGAUUCCAUUGAAACUUUCUGGGUUUCCAGAUUUUUCCAAUUACAAUAUUAGUUUCCUUCUUUUAUAAUCAUCUUAUUAUCAAAUCAACUGCGUUAGAAUCGGUGAAGAAUCGGAAGCACGAAGAUGGGGUGUUGCGCGAGCAAUACAGCAGGAGGAGGUUCAAAGGCUAGCCGGGUCGCACGGUGGCGAUCCACCGGCAUUAUUGGGCUUCGCGACUCCAAAUUAAAGACAUUUCCUGAUGAAGUGAUUGUAAUGGAGAGAGCAGUACGAACACUCGAUCUAACACACAAUAAGAUCUCUGAUGUUCCUGCAGAAGUUAGCAAGUUAAUCAAUAUGCAGCGUCUGUUAAUAGCUGAUAAUCUCAUUGAGCGCCUUCCCGGGAACCUUGGGAAGCUUCAAUCUCUCAAAGUUUUGAUGCUUGAUGGAAACCGCAUUAGCUGUUUACCUGAUGAAUUGGGUCAGUUGAUAAGGCUUGAGCAACUGUCAAUAUCAAGAAAUAUGCUCAUAUACUUGCCUGAUACUAUCGGUAGUCUGCGCAAUCUAGUUCUGUUGAAUGUCUCGAACAACAGGUUGAAAUCACUUCCAGAAUCAGUAGGAAGCUGUGCCUCUUUAGAAGAGAUACAGGCUAAUGAUAACGUCAUUGAGGAGCUCCCUGCAUCACUCUGCAAUCUGAUUCAGUUAAAGUCUCUCUGCUUAGACAAUAAUCAAGUGAAGCAGAUCCCAGAUGGAUUGCUGAAAGAUUGCAAGAGUCUGCAAAAUCUAUCUCUCCAUAACAAUCCCAUCUCCAUGGACGAGUUUCAGCUGAUGGAAGGAUACCAAGAAUUUGAAGAGAGGAGAAAGAAGAAAUUUGAUAAGCAAAUCGAUUCAAAUGUGAUGAUCAGCUCUAAAGGACUCGAUGUAGGCGUUGAUAAAUGAAUACUACUGUCUUUAGUUGGUCGGAUUGGUGAAUGAGGAUCAACGUUUUGUGUAAGAAAACAUUGUUGUACAACACUCUCUCUUAAGAAUCUGUGUUAUUGUGACUCUUAAAUUCUUAUGUACACAUAGGCAUGAAGGCGUGUAUGUGUGGGUAUGUAUCUCUUGUAUGUGUGUUUAUAUUUAUACAUAUAACAUGGCAAAGUGAUUCUUGCCCUUUUUACCGAGA